GGCAGUCUAGAGAUGUCGUCGGACGGGGAGCCGCUCAGCCGCAUGGACUCGGAGGACAGCAUAAGCAGCACUAUAAUGGACGUAGACAGCACAAUUUCCAGUGGGCGUUCAACUCCUGUUAUGAUGAAUGGACAAGGAGUUACAGCUUCAUCUGCAAAAAGUAUUGCUUAUAACUGUUGUUGGGACCAGUGUCAUACUUGCUUCAACUCCAGCCCGGAUUUGGCAGAUCACAUUCGCUCCAUACAUGUGGAUGGUCAGCGAGGAGGGGUAUUUGUUUGCUUAUGGAAAGGUUGCAAAGUAUAUAACACGCCUUCCACAAGUCAAAGUUGGUUACAGAGGCAUAUGCUGACUCACAGUGGGGACAAGCCUUUCAAGUGUGUGGUUGGUGGGUGCAAUGCCAGCUUUGCAUCUCAGGGAGGACUAGCUCGUCAUGUGCCCACACACUUCAGCCAGCAGAAUUCUUCAAAAGUUGCCAACCAGCCAAAGGCCAAAGAGGAAUCUCCUUCUAAAGCUGGAAUGAACAAAAGAAGGAAAUUAAAGAAUAAAAGACGACGUUCAUUACCAAGACCACAUGACUUCUUUGAUGCACAAACACUGGAUGCUAUUCGACAUCGAGCCAUCUGCUUCAACCUCUCAGCUCACAUAGAAAGUUUAGGAAAAGGUCACAGUGUUGUAUUUCAUAGUACUGUAAUAGCUAAGAGGAAAGAAGAUUCUGGAAAAAUAAAACUUUUGCUUCACUGGACACCAGAGGACAUUCUGCCUGAUGUGUGGGUAAAUGAAAGUGAACGACAUCAAUUAAAAACUAAAGUAGUUCAUUUAUCAAAACUACCAAAAGAUACUGCCUUGCUUCUGGACCCAAACAUAUACAGAACAAUGCCACAGAAGAGGUUGAAGAGGUAAAAAUCAAGCAAGCGGGGACACCUGCAGUCUUAGUCACUGACAAUGGAUUUAGAAAUAAAGUUGCACAUUAGUCACCCCCAUCCUUUUUCUUUUAAAUUCUUAGAUAAUAUUUAUGCUUAGUGUAAACAUUCUGUGAAUGCAGUUUAUGCUUCUGUGGAAUAUAUUAAUAUAUUACUGUAUAUCCACUUUUUCAUGGAAUGGUACAGUGGGAGACUGAGCAAACACUCUUCUGGCAACUUAGUGGAACAGCUAAAAGGCUUUGCAUGCUUGCUUCUUUAAGCUGCUUUUUUUUCUUUAGUGAAUACAGUAGUUUAUCUGAAAAGAGAAAGCGAUCAUCAUAACGUACCCUCACACUUUCCAGGAGAACUAUUAAUGAGCUGAUAGGAAUCUUGUCAACAGUAACUGAAGCUAACAUACCCUGGGCGGUACAUACUACCAAGGGAUUAUUGUAUUACUUCUAAAUACAGUGGAAAGUAAUCAGUUAUCAUUUGUAACCUCAUGUUUCUUCACAAAUCCAUAACAAGAGGUGUUAAAUUAUAAACUAUGAACCCAUGUUAGUGGUAUGCCUGUUUUUCCCAAUCAAGUAUAAAUACAUAUACUAAGGCUGAAAGGUGUUGAUAGAGUGUUGCAGUAUGUCUGACCCUUUUAUCAGAACUAGCAUAGUAUGUUAAUGAGAUCUACUUUUAUGAAUGGUUUUUGAAAAACCUUUAGUUAAGCAGGUAAUGAUAUUGGUGUCUUAUUUUAAUUUUUUUUGACCUUUGAGACUCCUAUUCACAUGUAAAGUGUAUUUUUUUUUUUAUUUGGUCUAACUUUCUGGAUGUAAAGAAAAUAGUAUUUUUUAAAAACAUCUAGAAAUUUAAUUCUUUAUGCACCAAAGUUGGCUAUGAAAAGGAAAAUUAAAUCAUUUUCUUGCUUAAUAAGCAAGAAGUCAUGGAUUUUUUUAACUGACAAAUAGAAAUGUGUCUUAUCUGUUAGUCUUAUAUGGAGACAAAAAUGUUGCAUACAGAUAAUAGGAUGUUGCUUGUAAAUAAUUCAGCAGAUUUGUAAUAUAUUUUUAUAUUAUGAAAUGUACUGUAGAUGUUUUCUAGGGGCAUGAAAGUUAAAAUGUAUAUAUUAUGGUAGAAAUAAUAUUGAAGGAUAUUGUAAUUCACUAGGGCUGCCAGAAGAAUUGUUUAAAAAAGCACCUUCCUUAACAAUAAAAAAGUCUUUUGCAUACCUAAGGGAAUAUAUAUACUACUGUUAAUAUCUGUUAUAAGAACAAAAGUACAUUGAACAUCCUUCCCAGAAAUCUUUGAGGGAUGAACAAUACCCAUAAUGAAUUUUUGGCACUCCUUUCUGAUAUUGAACGUAAAAUCGGUCAUUUCCUUGCUGUUGGAAGGAACAAAUAUGAAAUAUGUGUGGAUAUAUGCAGUCAAACUGCAGAAUUAGCCCUCCUUGUUGGGGAGGAGUUUUCACGUUACUACAAUGAAUCUAAAAACCAGCAGUUUUUACACUAAAUUUUUAUUAAAUAGAAUAAAACUUAGGAAUAACCUUUUGGCUGCAGGAGUGAGCAUAUUCUAAUAUAAUAUAAAUGCAUUCUGCAUUGGUACUGACAUGAGAGACUCACUUAGCUCCAAUGGGUUAAAAAUGUUACUUAUACUACAUGAAAAAAAUCUUAUCAAACAAAAUGAAGUGCAGAUUGAAAGCACCGCUAAUAUAAGAUGUUCUGGAAUGGUUGUUUAAGAAAUAAGGGUAUUAUUAUUCAUACAAUCUGUAGCAAUGUGACUUUAUUUUUGAAAAAAAUGCAGUUUUUUGUUUUGGGGUUUUUUGUGUUUUUUUUUUUUGUUUUGUUUUGUUUUUUGCUUGAGCACUUCAUCUACUGCUUUUUCUGUACCUAUAAAUAAUUUACAGUCUCUUUGGUUCCUUUUUGAAUUUAUUAUAAAAUUGCCAAAUAGAAGUGUUUCAGAUAUAGUUUGUAUUUGUAUUUUUUUUAUUUUAUUGCUUCAUGAGUUUCUUGUAAGUCAUUUAUAAUUGACAGAUGAUUGUAGACCUCACCUGAGUAUUUUUUCUAAUAAAACAAAGCAAACAAUCACAUACUAGCUUCAGAAUUGUAACCAUUCAAUAACGCUCUUCAAUACAGAGCUGAAGAUAAAAGUUUUAAAUCCAUUUAGUUUCUUUGUAAAUUAUUGAAUGCACAACGUUUUGCACCUCAGGAAUUAUUGGAUAGUUGCAUCUGAAUUUGUGCUGGUAGCCAAAAGGUAAGCGCUUCUUUUUUUUUUUUUUGCCUUAGUUAGAAGGAAGUUUUUCAACUUGUAU